AUGGGCUUGAUGACUUUUGCAUGGGUCGUAUGUAUCCUGUUAUGGAACUUAGGAAGUGCGGAAGGUCGUAUCCAAGACUUAUAUAACGAGAAUACACCUGAUGCAAUUCAGCAAAACACAGUAGCAGGCGGGACUCACAGACGCUUCCAAAACACAAGAGCUGUCACCAACCUGGCUUUGGGCAGACCUUGUUAUGCUUCGUCAGAUGAUCUGACUGGCAAGCCUGUUCGCAUGGCUUUCGACGGAAAUUCCGCCACACGUUGGUCAUCCGCCUACGAAGAUGAGCAGUGGAUAUAUGUAGACUUGGGUUCAGUUCGGGCGAUUUCAAGCGUCGUCCUUCAGUGGGAAAGCGCGUACGCACGCAUGUUUCAAAUUCAAACUUCGACUGAUCUAUCAGCAUGGACAACCGUCUAUUUCAAUUAUGAUGGCAAAAGAGGUACUAAUUCUAUUCCUCUGUCAGUUAGUGCACGGUACGUGAAGAUGUAUGCGUGGCAAAGAGCAACCCAAUGGGGCUAUUCUCUUUGGGAGAUGGAGGUGUGGGGCUCGUCGACGGAAACAUCAACCAAACCAAUCACCGUACUCGAUUAUUUCAAAAGCAUUAGUGGUAAACAAACUGUUAUCGGCAUCCAUAAUCGAGAACCUAACUCAGCACCAGCUAUGCAGACGAAUAAAAUCUAUAGCAUUACGGGCCGCUGGCCAGCACUAUGGAGUGGAGACUUUCUGUUCACUUCGAGCGAUGUUAAUAAUCGAUGGACAAUGUUCAACGAAGCGCUGAAUCAAUGGAAGAGCGGUGCAAUCGUCCAGAUUAUGAUGCAUGUCGUUCCUCCUACUCAACUCGAACCUGGCAAUUGGGAAGGUGGAGUAGUCAGUCGUCUGAGCAACGACCAAUGGAACGAUCUGAUCACGAAUGGUGGAAACCUCAAUCGAGCGUGGAAAGCGCGGCUAGACAACUAUGCGCAAUAUUUUCAAUUUUUGAAAAAUAACAAUGUUCAAGUCCUAUUUCGACCGUUCCAUGAGAUGAAUCAAGGUGUUUUCUGGUGGGCCGGUCGACCAGGUUCGAGUGGAACGGCAGCCCUGUACUAUUAUAACUGGAGUCCCUAUAAUCCUGGAAACGAUUAUUGGGAUAUUUUCUCGCUUGAUGUUUAUAACAAAGAUGGCUAUACUGCGCAGAAAUACAAUACGGCUGUCAGCGUUGCCGGCAGUAAACCGAUCGCUAUUGGAGAAUGUGAUGUUUUACCGACUGCAAGUCAACUUGCACUACAGCCGCGUUGGACUUUCGUUAUGAGUUGGGCAGAACUUACAUUCAGCAGUAAUACAAACGCACAAAUUCAGGCUCUUUACAGUGCGGGCAAUGUUAUAACGAUGGAUAAAUUACCUAAGUUUUUUCGAAAAUGA